GGACUAGUCCGCAGCAGCAGCAGCGGCAGCAGAAGCAGGAACUCGAAGCUCCUUCUUCGAAGCGGGAAAACAGAGACAGAAAUUUCAAUUCGGCCGAUGGCAAAUGCGGUGGUCGACGAUGAUCAGAAAUGGCUUCUCAAUUGCUUGUCUGCUACUCUCGAUCCUAACCAAGAAGUUCGUUCCUUCGCCGAAGCUUCGCUUAAUCAGGCCUCUCUUCAACCAGGUUUUGGCGGAGCAUUGUCCAAAGUCGCUGCAAAUAGAGAGCUUCCGUUUGCUUUAACAUCUUUUUACCUAGCUGCUGUUCUUCUAAAGCAGUUCGUCAAGAAACAUUGGCAGGAGGGUGAGGAGUCUUUUGAACAUCCUGCUGUAUCAAGUGAUGAGAAGGCAGUUAUACGUGGACUUCUUUUAUCAUCCUUGGAUGACUCUCAUAGAAAAAUCUGCACAGCAAUUAGUAUGGCUAUAGCUUCCAUUGCAGUCUAUGACUGGCCAGAGAACUGGCCAGACUUACUGCCUUUCCUACUUAAGUUGAUUAACAACCCAAAUGAUUUGAAUGGAGUCCAUGGAGCUCUAAGGUGCUUGGCGCUUCUCUCUGGGGAUUUGGAUGAUGCAAUGGUGCCAACACUAGUACCUGUUUUAUUCCCUUGUUUGCAUGCUAUUGUAUCAUCUCCUCAAAUCUAUGACAAAUAUUUGCGAACCAAAGCCCUUUCAAUAGUUUAUGGUUGCAUCUCUUUGCUGGGAACAAUGAGUGGUGUAUAUCAGGCAGAAACUAGUGCAUUGAUGGCACCAUUGCUUAAGCCAUGGAUGGAGCAAUUCCAUUUUAUCUUGGAACAUCCUGUACAGCCUGAAGAUCCUGAUGACUGGGGCGUCAGAAUGGAGGUCUUAAAAUGUUUGAAUCAGUUUGUUCAGAAUUUCCCUAGCCUUACUGAAAGUGAAUUUAUGAUUAUUAUGGGGCCAUUGUGGCAAACAGUUGUCUCAUCUCUAAAAGUCUAUGUCCAAUCAUCAAUUGAAGGCGCAGAAGAUCCCUAUGAGGGAAGAUAUGACUCUGAUGGUGGAGAAAAAAGCCUCGAUUCCUUUGUCAUCCAGCUAUUUGAGUCUCUGUUGACCAUUGUGGGCAGCACAAAGUUGGUGAAGGCAGUUGCACAUAAUGUCAGAGAGUUGGCAUAUUACACUAUUGCCUUUUUGCAAAUGACAGAACAGCAGGUUCAUAUCUGGUCAACGGAUGCUAACCAAUUUGUUGCUGAUGAGGAUGAUGUCACUUAUAGCUGUCGUGUUUCUGGUGCACUUUUACUAGAAGAGGUGGCAAUCUGUUAUGGGAAACAAGGAAUCAAUGCCAUCAUAGAUGCUGCAAAAAAACGGUUUAGUGAGUCUCAACAAGAAAAGGCUUCUGGUUCUGCAGUUUGGUGGAGAAUGAAGGAGGCUACUCUGUUUGCCUUGGCUUCUUUGUCUGAACAAUUGCUUGAGGCGGAGGUUUCAGGACUGACAAGAGUUGGCUUAGGAAAUCUUAUAGAGCAAAUGUUGACAGAAGAUGUUGGAAGUGGAGUGCAUGAAUAUCCCUUUCUUUAUGCCCGUAUACUUAGUUCAGUUGCUAAGUUUUCUUCUGUGAUAAGCCAAGGAAUUCGUGAACACUUCCUCCAAGCUGCUGUUGACAUUAUUGGCAUGAAUGUUGCCCCACCUGUCAAAGUGAGUGCCUGUCGAGCACUUUCACAGCUUCUCCCUGAAGUAAACAAGGAUAUCAUACGGUCAAAAAUGGAAGGUUUAUUGUCAACACUGACAGAUCUUCUUUAUCAGGCCUCUGAUGAGACCUUGCACCUGGUACUUGAAACAAUACAAGCAGCAAUUAAAGCUGGUCAUGAAGCAUCAGUCUCCAUAGAGCCCAUCAUGUCUCCUAUAAUCCUCAACCUGUGGGGAUUGCAUGUUUCAGAUCCUUUUAUCAGCAUUGAUGCAAUAGAGGUUCUGGAGGCAAUAAAAAAUGCUCCUGGUUGUAUUCACCCACUGGCUUCCCGAAUUUUUCCAUUUAUUGGGCCGAUCUUAAUCAAUCCCCAACGGCAACCUGAUGGACUGGUAGCAGGAUCAUUGGAUUUGUUAAAUAUGCUGUUGAAGAAUGCUCCUAGUGACGUGGUGAGGGCAGCAUAUGAUGUUUGUUUUGAUGCUGUUGUUCGUAUAGUUCUUCAAAGUGAUGAUCACAGUGAACUCCAGAAUGCAACAGAGUGUUUGGCAUCUUUUAUAUCUGGGGGUAGAGAAGAAAUUCUUGCCUGGGGUGUUGAUUCUGGUUUUACAAUGCGCAGUUUGCUUGAUGCAGCUUCAAGGCUUCUCAACCCUGAUCUGGAAAGCUCUGGAUCUCUUUUUGUUGGAAGCUACAUCUUGCAACUUAUCUUGCAUCUUCCAUCACAAAUGGCACAGCACAUACAGGACCUGGUUUUUGCCCUUGUUAGACGAAUGCAAUCAGCUCAAAUAUCAGGAUUGAAAAGCUCAUUGUUGCUUAUCUUUGCUAGACUGAUUCAUUUGAGUGCCCCAAACAUUGAGCAGUUCAUUAAUUUGCUGAUCUCCAUCCCAGCUGAAGGCUAUGAGAAUGCCUUCUCCUAUGUAAUGUCAGAAUGGACUAAAUUACAAGGAGAAAUUCUGGGAAGCUAUCAAAUCAAGGUCACUACGAGUGCUUUGGCCUUGCUGCUUUCCACGAAACAUGCUGAAAUAGCAAAAGUUAAUGUCCAGGGCCUUCUAAUUAAGUCUGAUUCAGGGAUAACCACUCGCUCAAAAGCAAAAUUAGCUCCGGAUCAGUGGACUUUGGUGCCACUUCCUGCAAAGAUUUUGGCUUUACUGGCUGAUGAAUUGAUUGAGAUACAAGAACAAGUUCAGGCUGCUGAGGAUGAGGAUAGUGACUGGGAAGAAAUUGAGGAGGAUACGGAAUCUGACAGGUCCUUGCUAUAUUCAUCUGCUGCAGUAGCGCUGGGCAGAUCAACGAAGGAACAUAUUGAAGCACUUGCAAAAGCAUAUUGUGAGAACCAAGAGGAUGACUUCGAAGUUGAAGCUCUAAACGUUGUAGAUCCCCUUAAUGAGAUUAAUUUGGCAAAUUAUCUUGUGGAUUUCUUUGUGAAGUUCUCUCAUAGUGAAAGACAACUUUUUGAGAAUCUUUGUCAGAGUUUGACGCAAGCUCAACGGAAUGCUAUUCAAAUGGUUCUAAAUUGUUGAGGUGCGCCUGCUUGAUGCUGGAGUGUGGGUUGUCAAUUUGUUUGAUUAUUUGUAGAUUUUGUUUCUUGCUGUAGAGAUCUUUCCCCGUUGGGGUUGUAAUAGCCUAGUUUUGCCACUCUGCAUUGUGUUUAGCAUGAUGAGGGGCCUGCUGUUUACUGUUAAGUUUUGAUGAUGAGUCAGCAUAUAUUGAAGUGAUGGGUUGAGUGGAUUAGUAAAGACAAAUUUAAAUC